AGAGAGACGGAGGAAUAGAGAGAGAAGGGGGCGAGAAGAGAGAGAGAGAGAGACGGGAAGAGCGACGACGGUGGAUUGCAGCCCGUCGAAAGAAAGGGUCGAGCGCGACGCCUGAAAUCUCCAUUUCCGAGCACCAGGUUGAUAAUCAAGACAACAAGAUGCCGCGACCUGAAGAUAUAGCCUGGAAAUUCGUGGUUAGACUGGACGGCAAGAGAUGGUGUUGUCCUUACUGCCAUAAAGUGUCCUCUGGAUCAGUCACAAGAGUGAAAGGUCACUUUCUUAAACAACCAAAAGAAGGGAUUGCCUCUUGCACAAAAGUGCCAGAGCACAUAUGCACGCUAAUGGAAUUGUUACUCAAUCAUGAGGUUCAUAAUAAAGAGGAUAUAGCCUGGAAAUUUGUUGAUAGAGUGGAGGACAACAAAUGGCGAUGUCAUUACUGUAGUGUAGAAUUCUCUGGAGACCUUAGAGGAGUGAAAGGUCACUUGCUUAAAGUACCAAAUGAAGGAAUUUCCAUUUGCACAGAAGUGCCGGACCACGCAGGAACGCUAAUGCGGUCCUUACUUGAUGAGGUGGCUGAAGAAGGGAGCAGAGGAGCCAACAGUCAAUCCUCCCUGGAGCCACAAUCACGUGGCAUGCCUGCUCAAGCUGAGGUGGCUGAAGAUGAGAGCGGAGAGGCCAAUGGUGAAUCCUCCAUGGUACCACAAUCAUGUGAGAUGUCGACUCAAGUUGAGGUGGCUGAAGAAGAGAGCAGAGAUGCCAACAGUCAAUCUUUCAUUGAACCACUACAGACGCCUCUAUCAUCACCAGAUCUCUUCUCACAAGAUCCCCUCGAACAAAUGGUACCACAGUUUAUGACAGUGACCGACAUUGGAGUAAACUCUGACCAACAAUCACAAGUAGAGCGUCAGCUUCAUCCGAUUUCAACAGAGCCGUUAUCGGUGCAAAGUAGCCAUGGUCAACCACAAUGUUCCAUUCGAUCUCAAAUGCCAAUGAAUGACCAGCAGACUCCAGCAGGGGAAUCAGCAUCCCAGUAUGAUCAAUUACCUGCUGUAGGUAAUUUAAAUUGCUUGCAGGAUGGUAAUCAGCACUCUCAAUUGCAAAUUCUGAUGCACUCAGAUCCCUCAAUUGCAUCACAGCAUACAAUCGACUCUCACGUUACUGAGGAACUUUUGGCACCGCUCAUGGAAAACUACACCUCUGAUCAACAAGUGCAACCAGCUUUGUUGUCCCCUCAACAUCAAUGUGUUCUACAUCAAUCAAUUAAUCAUGAGACAAGAGAUAUGCAGCAGAAUGCAACCAUGCCUCUGGAUAAUCAAGAUACCACCCGGCAACCCGAUCUUCAUGACUCUCUGCUAGAGAAUCUUGUUGAAUCUCUUAGGGUAAUUGUAAAUGCUCCUGAGGAAAUACAAACGAAUGAACAUAAUCCAACAGUGGGAUCGUCAUUGCAAAAUGAUUUAUCCUUUGAUGUGGACAGUACGAAUUGUUUGCAGGAUUGUAGUCAACCGUGUGUAGUGGAAGAGGUUCCUUUACUUGGCAAUACAAAUCCGACCGAUGCUGUCCAGCAUUAUGAUCACCUUCACUCAAGGUGUGAUAAGGAAGAUGGGAAUGAUACCCAUGUUCCCUCACCAACUCCAAUGGACAUAGAUCCCUCAACGGUUGAUCCGCGAGUUCUAGAGGCAGCAACAAAUACAAGAGGCCCAUUGUCAUCACAAGAUAUGAACAGGGGUUCUCCAAUCAUGAACGUAGGGAGCAUCCGUGCCAACGAUGAAGAGAUAAGAAACCUGAAAAGAAAAGUGGAAGAACUCGACAACAAAGAAGCUGUCAUAAAGGAGCAGAUGGAGAUAGAGUCUGCUGCUUCCUCAGUUUGGAAGAAGCCGAGGAUAUUGGUUGAGAGAUGGCUGAAAGAGACAGAAAGAGCAAGAAAUAAUUUCCAAAUAAUUGGCCAAGCCAAUGCGGAAUUGCCACCAAAGGAACAGGUGGAGACAGUGACGAGAGAAGUGGAAGAACUCAUAGGGAAAACGCUUCCACAAACACUACUCAUAGAGGAGAGAGAUGCCAAAGUAGACACAUUUUUGGAACGAGAGUUAACAGGUGAAGCGAUUCAUAGGAACAUUGAGUUGAUUUGGGGCCAUCUGAAGAAGAAUCAUGCAUGCAAAUUAGGUAUUUGUGGAAUGGGUGGUGUUGGAAGACAACUAUUAUGAUGCACAUACAUAAUAGACUUCUCAAAGAUGCAACCUUUGAUGGUGUGGCUUUUAUCACUGUGUCCCAAGAUUUCAGCAUUUAUAAAUUGCAGAGUGAUAUUUGGAAAGCACUAAAUUUUGGCUUUAUGAAGGAUGAGCAUGAGAAGAAACGAGCAGCGAAGUUGUCCGAGCGUUUAAAAAGAAAGAAGAAUUGUGUAUUGAUUCUUGAUGAUGUGUGGGAGCGUCUUGAUCUUGAAGAGGUGGGAAUCCCUGUGAGAGCAGAUGG